GUCUUUAAAUUCACAACAAUCUGUAUAAUGGCCACUAAAGUAAAAAACGAACCUUUCGUAGCUUAUAGUGAAUCUGCGAUAAGAAAUAAUUUAUCAAUAGUUGAAUAUUGUAGAACCUCUGUUGCAGCAGUUUCAGGUUGUACUGCAGGUGUUCUUGGUUUGACGGGAUUAUAUGGUGCACUAUUUUUCAUUGUGGCUGUAACAGGUUUCUGGUUCAUGCUACUGGGCAAAGCUGGUAUUGAUUCCUGGAAAAAAUUCUUCAUAUCAAGAAAAUCUCUGCUAAUCAACGGAAUAUUUGGACACUUCUUCACCUAUAUUUUAUGUUGGACAUUCAUAUAUGGCAUGGUGCAUGUCUACUGA